GUGACGUCACUCCUCAUCCGCGGCAGAGAGAGAGAGCGGCGGCGAUCCGCUGCGGAGGAUGCCUACCCCGCUGCGGGGAUAACCGCCAGGCGAGAUGGCCGUUACUUUCUUCCUCGUCACAUCCCGCACCGCGACGACCCCUCGGCACCCAUGAAGCCCCCGUUGAUGAAGCCAAAACCGGCCAAAGCAAGGCGGAAAGAGGCCACUGAGCGAGAGAAUGUACUGGCGCGUCGGGUUCGCCUGGACGCGCUCGUGUGUGGUUGAUCUUGGCCGGAACCAGAGCUUCUCCUUCGGCCUGGGCGGCUCCGAUGAGCAGCUCUCGUUUUAUGGGUACAUCAUCGCCUACCCUCUGCAGGACUACGGCGGGAUCAUGUCGGCCCUUGGGUCGGACUCGUGGUGGCGGAAAACGCUUUAUCUUGCCGGGGGCGCUCUGCUCGCCACCGCUGCCUAUCUAUUGCACGAGCUGCUCGCCAUCAGGAAAGAACAGGAGCUGAACUCUAAAGAUGCCAUCAUCCUCCACCAGUUCUCCAGGCCAAAGAGCGGUGUCCCUUCCCUCUCCCCCUUCUGCCUCAAGAUAGAAACCUACCUACGCAUGGUAGACCUGCCCUACCAGAACUACUUUGAUGGGAAGCUUUCUCCCCAGGGGAAGAUGCCAUGGUUAGAGUACAACCAGGAGCAGGUGUCUGGUACAGAGUUCAUCAUCGACUUCCUGGAGGAGAAGCUGGGCGUGAGCCUCAACAAGAACCUCAGUUCCCAGGAGAAGGCUGUGUCCCGGGCUGUCACGAAGAUGGUGGAGGAACACUUCUACUGGACCAUAGCGUACUGUCAGUGGGUGGACAACCUGGAGGAGACCCAGAAGAUGCUGGCGGUGAGUGGGCCGCUGAGUGACCUACUCAAGUGGAUCCUGAGUCACCUGACCGGCGGCAUCGUGAAGAGAGAGAUGUACGGCCACGGGAUUGGACGGUUCACCAAGGAGGAGGUCUACACUCUGAUGGAGAAAGACAUGCGGACGCUGGCCACCCUGCUCGGUGAUAAGAAGUACCUGAUGGGUCCUAAGCUGUCCAUGGUGGAUGCCACUGUGUUCAGCCAUCUAGCCCCUGCUAUGUGGACCCUGCCGGGCACACGGCCAGAGCAGCUCAUCAAAGGCGAGCUGAUCAACCUGGCCAUGUACUGUGAGAGGAUCCGCCGGCGCUUCUGGCCCGAGUGGUUUGUUGAUCUGGAGGACUUCUGUUACGAUGACACCACAGAGGACGAUGACUCCCUGUCCAAACUCCAAGACCUGGGGCUGUAUUCCCGCACAGACACCUUCCAGGAUGAGGCCAGUCCUCCUCACACACACACACACACACACACAAUCUCCCCAGACAGUGACCGCACAGGCCACUCGCUCUACGACUCGGACAUGGACACGGAGUGCUCCGAGAUGGAGCAGCUCAAGUGUUGACCGCCAUAUGACUCACACACGACACACACACUCCGCCCCCAUACAGUGCCCUCUACCUGUUGAGGAGGGAAUAACUACUGGGGAGCAUUUCUAUUGCCAGUGGCUGUUGUUGCCUGUGCUAAUGAGGGAUGGUAUCAGAGCUUCUACACACAAUGUGCUAGAGGAACAAAAGACUGAAUAUUGAGAUAAAGGAAUAACAAGAUAGAGAAAAUAAGGGUAAUAUAGCAAUAGAGAAAGAGCCCAAGAGGGAUAGAGAGAGGAAAAUGUCAACCUGGAAGAGAUAAAAGGGAAAGAGAGAAGGAUGGAGAAAAGAGUUGCAAAAGAAAGAUCAGGAAUUAAUGACGCAAUCACUGAGCAACUCCUCCACCUGGGUGAUGUCAACACCUGUCUCCCAGUUUCCUGUUGUCGAGUUACCACGGCAACUGUGUGUGUGUUACCUGUGUUCCCCAAUUGAGCUGCAUUGCCCCAACCAUGUGUGUUUGACAUACUGACCCCCUGACUUGCAUCCUUGCAAAAUAUGAGUCAUUAUAUUGAUAUUAUAUAUGAUAUGUGGGGAACUGUUCAGGCAAGAUGUGAAUGAGUACAGUUCAAUAUGAGUAUAAAUAGUAUAGAUAGCCUGCAAAUUAUAUAUAUUAUCCCAAUGUCCUAUAAUGUAAAUACUUUGUGUGGUUCUUCUGUACAACCUCUCAGUGCUUGUUUGAUAUGACCAAACUUCCUGGUGACCUUCAACUAACCCCUUGUGCUGGUCUAGGUUUUAGGAAUUCUAAUGCAUCUAUUUCUACCCAGAUGACUGACACUUUGCAUCUGCAGUCAGGUCUUAACCCAUCAUUGAGUAUUUCCUCAGUCCUUUGUAGAAUGGUCAUUGAUGUUGAGGGUGAGUUUCAGAUGCUGUGGAUUGAGGGGACAUCUCAAUAAUCUAAAGUGGAUUCAUCUCAAUAAUCUAAAGUGUCUUCCUUUCCUCGUCUCCUCUCCUUCAUCUGCACAGAUCUGAAAACAUUGGAUAGGUGAAAGCAAUAUGGUAGAUGAUUACUGGAACUUUAUUCCACUUGUCCAAUUCUUUCACAUCAGAUGAAGAAGAGGAGGAGAGGCGGCUACUUGAGAUCUUUAGUUGUGUGUAUGUACAUUCAGCCAUUGAGAGCGGAUGAAAUAACCAUGUAGAAAUAGACUAAAUAGACUAGAUAUACUUGGAGGUGCAUGGCUAAUAGGUGCCAAUGAAAAUCACACUACCUUGCUGGUUAUCUGUUAUCUACGUUUCUACGCUUCCCUGUUUUAAUGUUUAUUGUGAUGCAGUCUCUGUGUGUGUGUGCCUCAGGCCAGAGAAAGCUCACAAAGAUGCAAUAGAUUGAAAUAACUAUUAGGCCUUUGCCCAGCCUCUCUGUUCUCAUCAAAUACAUGGCGUGUCUACUCCCCUUUUAGAAUGAAUUGAUUCUAGAAAUAGAAGGAAUAGAAUGGCCAUUGUUACUUAUAGCAUCAAUUCACUCUAUGCUAUGCAUGAAACAACUACUAUAAUCCACAGUGUUGAUUGCCAGUCUUAUUUAAUAGUAGGCUACAGUAUGUGGAAUAGUGAAACAGUCUACUCUAAUCUUUCUAUUUCUAGUGCAUCGCUGAUGUAUGAUGGUGAGAUGUGGACAUUACAAGUGUUUGUCAUUCAGCGGACGCUUGUUGGUCCUGUGUGUGCGUGUAACAGAGGGUGUAGAAUUCUGUCCAUAUGGUGCAUCAAUGAGUCAUCGUACCUCGUGAGUUGAUUUUGAGGCGUACACCAUUUAUUCAUGCUGGGUGCUAACAGCUGACCCUAUACAGAUACAGACAGAUACAGAUACAGACAGAUACAG